UGGUCCUGGGGUUCGUUUCCUUGAAAAAGAAGCCUUGGUUGGCUGAACCGGGUCACUCGGUCGCCCGGCGGUCGCGGCACGGCGGUGGCUGGUGGGGGAAGAGGAACGUGCGUCAGUCGAGUCUGUGGCGUUCGGGGCGCAGUGAUGCCGGGCACGGUUCUGCUAGUGGCGGCCACGGGAGUCGCUCUCUUUGUGGCCUUUCUGCUGCUGCUCUACCUAUUGUCGCCGCUCAACCAUCCCAAGCCGCUGUCGUUAUCCGGGGCUCACGUUGUGGUAACUGGUGGUUCCAGUGGCAUUGGGAAAAGCAUUGCUAUUGAAUGCUUCAAGCAGGGUGCUUUCAUAACUCUGAUUGCAAGAAAUGAGAAACGUCUCUUGGAGGCCAAGAAAGAAAUUGAGACAUUUUCAGUUAAUGAGAAGCAGGUUGUGCAUUCUAUUUCUCUUGAUGUUUCCAAAGAUUAUGCAAAUGUGGAGAAGUUGCUUAAACAAGCUCAAGAAAGAUUGGGUCCUGUUGACAUGCUUGUUAAUUGUGCUGGAACAUCAAUAACUGGAAAAUUUGAAGAAAUUGAUACCUAUAGGUUUGAGCAAUUAAUGGCUAUCAACUAUCUGGGUAGUGUUUACCCAACUCGUGCAGUAGUUGGUAAAAUGAAGGAGAGAAGAAUGGGGAGGAUUGUGUUUGUCUCAUCUCAGGCUGGACAAAUUGGUGUUUAUGGCUAUUCGGCUUAUUCUGCAACAAAAUAUGCUCUUAGAGGAUUAGCUGAAUCUUUACAUAUGGAGGUAAAGCCAUAUAAUAUAUGUGUGACCAUUGCCUAUCCUCCAGAUACAGACACACCUGGCUUUGCAGAGGAAAGUCAGAACAAGGUGUUAGAAACCAAGCUUAUUUCAGAAUCAUCAUCAAUCUGCCAACCUGACUAUGUUGCCAAAAUCAUUGUUAAGAAUGCUGUUCAAGGAAAAUUUACUAGUUCUUUUGGUGCUGAUGGUCACAUGCUGACAAUAUUGACUAAUGGAUUGGCGCCAGUUUCUUCCAUUGCUGAAAUCCUAGAGUCGGUUAUGUUCCUGGGCAUUUUUCGCUUGGCCAGCCUGUAUUUUAUAGCAGGUUUUGACAGCAUUGUUCGCCGGUGCAUGAUAGAAAAAGAGAAAUCUGAAAAGACAGACUGAAGUAGAACCACACUUUGAACUGAAUCCUAAUUAGAAAGGUGGACACUUUGUUGUUAAAUAUGCCUCAUAGAGAUAUAUAUGCUGAAGUGAUGGUAAUCUUCAGUGGUGAAAGAAGGAAACAAAUGAACAAUUCCAGAAAAAGUGCUAAUGAAGAAGACUGCUCUUUAUUUUCUGUUAUUUGAAAUAAUAGAUGUUGCCUUAGAAAUGAAUUUAUGAAAGAGCAGAGCUUCAGAGUGCUCUUUUUGCUGGUAAUUCUGCACAAAUACAUUGUUUUAGCAGUGUUGAAGUAUUUGUUCAAUGGCAAAUUUUAUCCAGAACUGGAGUAAACAACUUGGUUUCUUUCAGUUAUUGAGGACUACAAUUCUCACAGAUGAUUGCCAUUGUCCCUGCCGUUAUCCCCACUUUCCCAUCCCCUCCAAGCCUUGGAGAAUGAAAGGUUGACUAACCAAAUCUAAGAUACAAUUUACAUGUUUCUGUGAUGUAAAAGACAGCGCAACUGCCUCAUAUCUAAUCCUUAUUUUGUAGCUCCCCAAAGUCAUGCAAUUGAGUUGUCUGCCCAUAAUGACACUUUAAAUAAACAAAAGUUGUUUGGUUUUUUUUACAAUUUAAAUUGUAGUUAGUUAUAUGAAGAAGAUUAUAUCAAAUUGGAGAACUAACCUUUCAUAGGACGGUUCCGUUGGAUUUAAUACACCAGUCAAGAAUUGAUAGGUUUCCUCCUAUGAGUUCUUGGGACCUGGUCUAAUAAAAUAUGGUAAUUUCUGCUCUUGAGUGUAUAGUUUUGUGAAGUAUUCUGUUUUAUUAAGCGCUGUGCCUAGAUGGCAAAAUGUUAUUAAUAUGUUCCAAAGUUCCCUGUGUCGGAACAAUGAAGAAUGUUUUAACUGUAACAAAUCUUCGGGAAAAAUGAAGGACACAUGACUCUGAGAAA